AUGGCGAACUUAGAGCAUGUUGAGAACGACCCAAAACACGUGAAAAUGUCCGGUGAAACCCCCGAGCAAUGCGUUAGGAACCCAGCGUCUGAAGCGCCCUCGUCCUCGGGCGGAGUUGUCGUCGAGACUCCGUGCACUAUCCCGUCUUUUGCCACCGCUUCUGAACUUGUGUCAGCUCCUUACUCGUGUUUGGUGCUCAACACGCACCGAAGACACGUCGCCCUGUCCCCUUUUUACCUGAACAAGAAGAGGACGGGAUUACAAGGGGAAUUACAAGCCGAACUGCUCAAAUUCUCACCGAGCCUCCAAGGCGUCCCUCUCGCUUACGACGACAUACGAAUCGUCCGCAGCUACGGAGACAUUUUUGACGACAGCGGUUACGUCCACAUGGACAUAGAAGCCAACUUUAUCAUAUUUCAACCUAAAAAAGGACAGCGACUAUUGGGGAAGGUGAAUAAACUGGCCGCGAGUCACGCGGGCUGCCUAGUGCAUGGCUGCUUUAACGCCAGCAUUCCCAAGCCCAACCUGGUUUCCGUGGAUACCUGGAGGGAAGCGGGGCCCCAGAUUGGAACCGAGCUGGAGUUUGAGGUGAUUGCGCUCGAUGCCGACUCUGCCGGCGUGCUGCUUAUAAGAGGAAGGCUGGAUCGAACAAGGGUUCAGGAGAUGUUGGCGACGGCCGAGAGCGCCGAAUCAGGUGUUGCCGUCGAGCAGGCCGAGCCAGAAAAAGCGGAAACGGAUGCUGCGCUCGCUUCGGAAUCUGUCGUCGAAGAUGCCCCGAAGAAGAAAAAGAGAAAGAAAGACAAAAUUAAAGAAGAGACAGAAGACGAAGUGGUGUCACCGCCUGAACGGAAUGGAAUAGAAAGCGACACAAAAAAGAAGAAAAGGAAGAAAGAUAAAAUAAAAGAAGUGGCGGAAGAUCAAGUCGAUGGGGACGUCACGCUCGAGCUGAAUGGAAAUGAGAGUGAGACAAAUGGAGGGAAAAAGAAAAAAAAGAAGAGGAUCAAAGAAGAAAAGGAGCAGGUUCAGCUUUCUGUAAUGGAAACCCAUACCAGUGACUCCAGCGGUUACCUUAGCGACAAGCCUAACAAGAAGAGGAAACGAGAAAAGGAGAGUGAAGUCGCAGCGAGUCCUGAUGCGGAAGCAACGAAAUCCAAAAAGAAGAAGAAACGGAAAAGUGAAAUUGAUUGA